AUGAGCCCAGGCGCGUCCACGCCCUCCCCUGUAGAAUUUCCCACAACACCGUACCAACCCCGCUACGACACCUGGCCGUACACCGCAUCCGACUUUGCGCGACUUGACGAGACGGAUGAUGGGAAUUUCUACCGCCAACCGCGUCUCGUGACACACAUCGACCCCCCCGCCCUCGCGCGCCUGACACACUACUACGCCAGUGUCCUACCCACGAAAGGGACUAUUCUCGACAUGUGCACGAGCUGGAAAUCCUUCUUCCCCAGAACGGUCACGACAGCGGUGGAGGCAGGCGACGUGCGCGUCUUCGGCGUGGGCCUGAACGCCGAAGAAAUGACGCUGAACGACGUUUUUCAGUUCCGGGGCGAAGAGAGGUGGCGCGUCGUCGAUUUGAACCAGGCCCCGCAUGACCCGCGCGCUGCGUGGCGAGACGGAGAGAUUGGGUUCGAUGCGGUGACGUGUGUGGUUUCGAUUGACUACUUGAAUCAUCCUUUGGAGGUGUGCAAGAACUUGCUCGACGGCGCCAACGAGGGUGCGACCAUACACUUGGCGAUCAGUAAUCGGUGCUUCCCCAACAAGGUCGUGAGGAGGUGGAUGAUGCUGGGUGAGCAGGGGAGGCUGGAGUUUGUGGGGGAUUAUCUGCACUUCGCGGGGUGGAGGGACGUCGAGAUUGUGGAUCUUUGCGCGAGGGAUGAGCAGGGGAGGAGGAUUACUGAUGAUCAUGGGACAAUUACGAGUCCGUCGGCGGCGGGGAGGCUGAUGGGUCACCUCGAUCCGCUGUGGGUUGUGCGAGCGAGGAAGGGUGCGGCAAAGUAG